GAGUACUCAACCAUCACCCACCUCUGCUACAGAGGCAAUACUCGGCAGCAGCCAACACCAGCAGUACGAGUCGCCUAUUGCUACUACUACAGCUCUUCCAUCUACUCUGAAUCGAAUCAGGAUAGAUGGUUCAACUCACACAGACCAUUCUUUCUCUGAGCAUGCUGUUGAUAGUGCUGCUACAAUGCACGUCGUCGAGCCCCUGGACAGAUCCAACACCGAGUAUAACUCUGCGGUGGAAGAUUUGACACACCAGCUCCAACAACGGGAUGUCGAGAUUAGACAGCUAAGGACUCGAUUGACUGAACAACAAGCAUCUAUGGCCCAAAAAGAAAACCAGCACGCCUCGCAAAUGGAAGAAUUGCAAGCCAAAAAUGCCAAACUGGAAGAGCUUGUACUAUCACUGCGAGAAUCCUUGGCAGAAUCGAAUUCAAAGCUUACCGUCUUGCCUACCUCUGGACGACCAUUGGCACAUAUGACAAAAUGGAGAAGUAAUCCACGCAACCCGAUCCGCCAACCCAAUGCUCAAUCUUCAACUGAAAAUCUCAACUCCAAUGACGACAACAAUUCUGUCAAUCGGGACGAAUUGCAGUUAAAUGUUGUUCAACCAUCAAAUGAAGAUCUUACCAAGUCUGACUCGGUAUCUCAACACAAACAGGAGUCAGAGACGUCACAGGAAGCACUGCGCAAAAAGAUGGUAGGAAUGGGUGGUAUGAACCCACUUCUUCCGCUAGGGUUCCAUCCAGGUGCAAUCAAGCUUCGACCAUCAUCUUCCAUAAAUCUAAUUGAUGGAAGCAGAGCAAGUGAAAGUAGUUUUUCUGGAUCAGAAGUCUCUGAACCAGUAGUGCGAGCAUGGCUGUACUCGGUUCUUGCAGAUGAAGAUUUGGCCCCAGACUCUGGCGUAUCUCUCAGAGAAUCUCUUCGUGACGGUAAACUUUUGUGCAAGCUGGCAAAUGCAAUAAGCUGCAAAGAGUCAAUUAAGAUCAAUAUGGGUCGGUUUCCAAUUAUGCAUAUGGAGAAUAUCGCAGGGUUUCUUGGUGUAGUAGAAAGUAUGGGAAUACCACGACAUCAGCUGUUCAGUGCAAAUGAUUUGUACGACGGUACAGAUAUGCCACGGGUGGUACAGACUUUGGAUACACUGAAAAAGGUUCAUGACACUACUGGAAAGUCUUUAUAAGACGGGUUGUGUGGUUUUGCUGAUUGGUUCGGAAAUCUUGGCAGUUUUUAGUAUUUAAAAACAAACGCAUCAUUCGAGUUUUAUAGUAACUGUUUUUGAAUUAGUUAUAACUAUGCGAAUAUUGAGCAGCGAUCAAUACUGUUGAAUGAAUAUAGUGGUGAAAAUCCUAGU